UAUAUUUACACGUCGGAACGUUUUCGGAUCAUAUGAAUCUGUCACAUACGUGUACUGCCGGAAUUAAACACAUUUUUGGUUUUGUAGAUUUAUUUUUAGAUGCCUAAUCGGCAAUUGCCGUCGCGUAAUCGAAAGAAAACUAUAUUUUUUUUAGUUCUAGAAGAAAAUUUAAAAACUUUGCGCAAUUAUGCUGAAGGCUGUUAUUUUAAUUGGAGGUCCCUUGAAAGGAACGAGAUUUAGACCUUUGUCCCUGGAUAUUCCAAAGCCGUUGUUUCCUGUGGCCGGAUUGCCUAUGAUACAACAUCACAUCGAGGCUUGUACCAAAGUUCCCGGUCUUAGCGAAGUUUUGAUAAUUGGAGCGUAUUCCAAAAACGAUUUGGCUCAAUUCAUACGAGAGAUGUCAACCACAUAUGGUAUAAUUAUCAGAUAUCUGCAGGAGUUUACUCCUCUGGGAACAGCGGGUGGCAUGUAUCAUUUUCGCGAUCAAAUACGUUCGGGCAGCCCGACGUACUUUUUCAUCAUGAACGGAGAUGUUUGCGCCGAUUUUCCUUUGCUGGAAAUGUUGGAGUUUCACAGCAAGAAGCAGGCAUUGCUGACGGUCAUGGCGACGGAGGCCACUCGACAGCAGUCUUUAAAUUACGGCUGUAUGGUUUUGGGAAAAGAUGGGGAAAUAGCUCAUUAUGUGGAGAAACCCUCGACGUUUGUGUCGACUCUGAUCAACUGCGGAGUAUAUCUCGCGUCUCCCGAAAUCUUUCAAACAAUGGGAGAUGUGUUUCACGCUAAUCAGCAGCAAGAGAACAUAAUGCAGUUGUGCUGCAACGGCAGAGAUCCGGCGCACAUAGCGUUCGAGCAGGACAUACUUACGCGUUUGGCGGGAUCUGGACGAUUGUUCGCGUUGCCCGUAUUCAGAUGGUGGUCGCAGGUAAAGACCGCGGGUUCCGCUAUAUACGCCAAUCGACAUUACCUGGCUCUUUACAAGCAGAAACAACCGAGUCGUCUCUCCUCCACGAGCAGUGAUUCUUGCAACAUCAUAGGAGACGUAUAUAUUCAUCCGUCAGCUACCGUACAUCCAACUUCUAUGCUAGGUCCAAAUGUAAGCGUAGGCCCGAACACAACCAUCGGACCUGGUGUUAGAAUCCGAGAGUCAAUUGUAUUGGCCAAUGCGCACGUACAGGCCCAUUCUCUCAUUUUGCACAGCAUUAUAGGAACGGGCACCAAUGUGGGCGAGUGGGCGCGCGUCGAGGGAACUCCUUGCGAUCCGAAUCCCAACAAACCGUUCGCGAAGAUGGAGAAUUUGCCGUUGUUCAACGUCAACGGAAAGCUCAAUCCUUCCAUCACGAUACUUGGCACUAGUGUGAGCUUGGCCGCGGAAAAGAUCUUGUUGAAUUCGAUUGUUCUUCCGCAUAAGGAGCUGACGAGAAAUUACAAGAACGAGAUUAUUCUUUGACUUAUCCUCCACCGUCACACUGCUAUAUAAAUGUAAAAAAGAGAGACUGCUAUUUAUAUUAACGCCGUGUCUCGACCGCGGAAGCCUAACUAACUCUCGGGCUUUUGUUGCCUUCUGAUCUUUUUUUAUAUAAAAAGAAAAAAAAGGUUGUGUAUAAAACUUUUAUAAACGCGUAUUAGCGACGCAAUGUGAUCCUCCGGUGAUCAUCCGGUCGACGGAGGUACGUAUGUCACGAGGUGUACAAAUGACUCAAAGUGAUGCACAUGUAAUUUUUUAUAUUUAACCCAGGAAGAAAGUCCUUCGCGUACACGGAUACAAGUUCUCCGAUCGAGUAUAAAAUUAACCGUCAUUUACAACAUCCUGUCAAUCUCGCAAAUGAUUUCAAAAUUUAUGUAAAUUCGGACGUAGCUUUAGACACAGAAUUUGUCUUUGCGCGCGAAGGACUUUUGAUCUCCGGAAGUGUUGUAUUAUAUAAUAUAUAUAUAUAUAUAUAAUAUAAUAUAUAAUAUAUAUAUAUAUAUAUAAAUUGUGAAACACACAAUAAUUUUGUGAUAUAAAAUUACUACAAAAGCAUUUUAUAUAUAUUAAAGCGCGUUUUACAUGUGCGUCGUGUAAGUUACAACGAGAAAGCACAAAGUUUUUGUAUUAUAUAUAAAUAGUCGUGCCACGGAAUUUGUUUAUGUAUAUAGCAAAUAUAUAUACAUAUACAUAUAUACAUUAUAUAUUUGUACAUAUGAAUAAAUGAACAUUUCUAAGCAAGAAAUGACGGAGUUUUAACGAGAUCAAGAGUUAAUCCUACAGGCGAUCCCUCCCUCCGGUAACGCGUUCCGAAGGAGAAAUAGAAGCUUUUCCUCCCUACGCGCGUUGGAGAGAGAGAGAGAGAAAGAAGGGCCCCGUUUCCCUUCCGGAAGAUAUCGGAUGAUGCGCCGCGGAGAGAGUGGACGGAGAGCCGCGAGGAGGAUCGUAUCGCGGCGAUGCCCGCGACGUGGAGAGAACCGAGUAACCGGAAAAAAAAUCCUCCGGAGAGCGUGUGGUGGUGGUGGACUCGGUCUCGCAUUCCUCACCGGAGGCGCUGAACGUUCGCGCGAGCGAACGUGUGCGAGAGCGACAAAGAGAAAGCACCGUGAUGAAAUAGCAGCCCCGCAUCGAGUCGAACCGAAUCAACAGGUACAUCAACUGGUUGCGGUAUGCGUGGGAUGACAUUGUGUGCUCGCGAGGGCUUCGUGGUACAACGCACACGGGGAUUUGCCGCGACAGCUUUUUUAAAAAAGAUGCGGCAUGCCGCGAGCGGUCACCUUAACGGAAAACAACGAUGCGGAGACGAAUGCGGCGACGACGCGUCCUAGAGAAGAAAGAUCAACGCGCGAAACAAAUCGACGAGCUACGACGGGAGAACUUGGGACGACGAUUCGAAACGAAGAGUGGAAAAAUGCGCGUUCUCUGAAAACGCGCGGACGGACGAACGGACGGACGGGAGAGCGCGGGCGAGAUUCCGCGCAUACCUGCGCGCUCGAGCCUACUUUCCCGCGAGCGGCGCGGCUACGACGAGGGCAUCCAGCAUCCGGAUCGGGAGAGUGAUUUUUGUGAUAGCCGCUCGGGCGCUCGUCAAUGACACGCGCGGAAUGCGCUGAGCGAGCACGCGAUCUCACGCUGCGCGCUACAAGCGGCGGCGCCGCCGACAUUGUUGCGUGUUUUCCUUAUUGCUGCGCUACUGGCUUUUAAAAAACAAAAACAAAAAAAAAAAAAAAUCGUUCGAACUCACCGCGAGUGAGUGUGCGGGUGUGCUUGCGGAUUUUUGAAUGCGGCGAGCAAGAGAGAAUCGCACAAAUCGCGCGGAUCUCGCGAGAGAGAGAGAGAGCGAGAUGUCAGUUUUGUCUACGGAUACACACGUAACGGAUAAAACACUAAAUCCACUAUUGUGAUCCAUGUUUAUUAAGUGUGCGUAAGUGGAUUUUGACAAGACUGAGAUAAA